GGCGGUCGGAGUCAUCUGUAAUGCACCUUUACCACAUUUCCUGGAUGUACUGAUGAUACAGAACAAGCGCUCUUUGACAUGACAGCUGAAGGAGCAGACGGGCACAGCGUGCAGGUCAAGUGGCAGAGUGGACUCAAACAGGUAAGUCAUCAUAACUUUAACAUUUAUUUACGCGAGUCUGUGAAAAAAACGUCUAAAAGCAACUUCAGCAUGACGUAUUUGGUCAUAGAGUGAAAUCGUGAGUUUUGAGGGAGAGCUACUUGACGUUAGCAGAGCAGCUAGCGCUAGCUAAUUAGCUACGUCACGGGUCUAUUUAAAAGCCAAGAAUGCCAAGCUGAGAAUGUUUACGCUCCUCCCUCCAUGGCUGAAAAUCAAGCUUGUUGUUCUGGGUUGUGAGCGUGAGUCUACAUUGAAAAUAAAGGCUUUAUGUGCGCAAAAGAUACUACACCUGAACGCCCCCCUCCCACACACGCUUUAACCAAGGCGGCGGCCGCCUUGGCCUUCGAUAGACAAGGAAAACCAUGAUGUGGGACUGUUUGUUAGAUGAUUGGCUGUUCGCCAUCACUCUUAGUAACUAGUAUAACUCAUUUAAACAUUUUCAUGAAAUGCAAUAUUUAUAUAACCCCAAACUCUGUUAAUAUUAUGAUAUUUUUGUAUUAAUGAUUAGGUAUGUGAUGGCUUCAAGACGAAGGAGGAGGAGGCCUCCCUUAGAGGAUGCAGUGGAACAUGUUGUGAAAGCACUGGACAAGACUGCAGAACUGGAAGUAAAAUACAUCAACUCCUAUAAAGGUCGAGGGGUGUUUGCCAAAUCCCAUUUCUCAAAAGGAGACUUUGUGGUGGAGUACAGAGGGACGUUGAUAAAUUUGGAAGAGUCAAUAAAGAGGAAGAGGACCUAUCACAGCUCAUGUGCUGUUUUCAUGUUUGACUUCUACUGGAAAGAAAAGACAUGGUGCAUUGAUGCAGCCCAAGAAGAUGGCAGCCUUGGACGCCUUGUCAAUGAUGACCACAGGCAUCCAAACUGCAAAAUGAAGAGGGUCAUUACGGAGGCCAAACCAUACCUCUGCCUAUUUGCUUUGAGGGACAUACAGCCAGGAGAAGAAAUUACAUAUGACUAUGGUGGAAAUGAUUGGCCAUGGAGGAAACAGGUAUGUCAUUAUUUAUUAUCAGUGUCAAAUGUGGCUUAAAUAUAAUGCACCAGAAUGAUUCUGAUUUUUGUGCCUCUGUUCAGAUUUCGACAAUUAAAGAAAGCUUUGCAGCCUAUCAUACAGUUUUUUUGAGAUAUUUGUUUUUUUGUAUACAUUUAAAGAAAAUUAAGGCAAUGCAGUAAUGAGCUUGCACUAAUGUGGAUAUAACACCUACACAGUAAUAAUCAUUGUGACAUAACAGUUUUUUGAAUUUCAACAUUAGUUCAACAUUUCAACAUUUCACUUGGAGUAAAAAAUGUGCAAUGAUUGCUGUUG